ACCUUCUUCCUUUCUUUUCGGCCAUUUUUCCCCGUAGAGGGAUUAAGUCGCCAUGGCCCCCAGCAGGAAUGGCAUGAUCUUGAAGCCUCACUUCCACAAGGACUGGCAGCGACGAGUGGCCACCUGGUUUAACCAGCCCGCCAGAAAGAUCCGCAGGCGCAAGGCACGUCAGGCCAAAGCCCGUCGGAUAGCUCCAAGACCCAUCACUGGACCAGUCAGGCCGGUGGUGAGGUGUCCAACUAUCAGAUACCACACAAAGGUGCGACUCGGCAGAGGCUUCACCCUGGAGGAACUCAAGGCAGCUGGCAUCAACAAGAAGGUUGCCCGCACUAUUGGCAUCUCUGUGGAUCACCGUCGCCGCAAUAAGUCUACAGAAUCCCUGCAGGCCAAUGUGCAGAGACUGAAAGAGUACCGCUCCAAACUGAUCCUCUUCCCACGCAAACCCUCUGCACCCAAGAAGGGAGACGGCUCUGCUGAAGAAUUGAAGAUGGCCACCCAACUUAAGGGCCAGGUCAUGCCUAUCCGCACUGUGUACAAGAAAGAAAAACCAAGAAUAAUCACAGAGGAAGAGAAGAACUUCAAAGCAUUUGCCAGUCUGCGUAUGGCACGUUCCAAUGCCCGGCUCUUUGGCAUCCGUGCCAAGAGAGCCAAGGAAGCUGCAGAACAGGAUGUGGAGAAGAAAAAAUAAACCUAGAACUGUUAAUAAAACCAAAUGUUCGAUAA